AUGACCCUUAAGGGUGGGACAACACAGGCUUGUGCAGCAUGCAAAUUCCAGAGAAGAAAGUGCACACCUGAGUGCCUUUUAGCUCCAUAUUUCCCUGCAGAUCAACCUAAGAUAUUCCUUAAUGUUCACAAACUAUUUGGAGUUAGCAACAUUGUCAAAAUACUGAAGAUUCUGGAGCCUAGUCAGAAGAAAGCGGCCAUGGAUUCGAUUAUCACGCAAGCUAAUUAUAGAGAUAAGUAUCCUGUGCAUGGAUGUUGGGAGGAAAUUUGCAGGCUACAAUAUCAAAUAUGGAUGAUGGAAGAAGAACUUCAUGCUGUUUAUCAACAGCUUGAUAUUUGUCGACAACAACAGCAGCAACAGUUGCCUCAUGAUGAUGUGACUUCGCAGUUAGAAUUGGGAAUGGGGCCGCGUUCGUCUAAUGCGCUCGCGCUGUUUAAUAACACUCCACAGCCACAGAAUUACAACAAUGUGGCUGCUCCUUUGUCUGUGUCUCAACAGCAUUCUUACUCCAACAGCAAUAGUUUGGAUUAUAAUAACUCUCCUCUCUAUAUGGAUUCCAAGGAUAAUGUUACUAAUCCUAAUUUGUGGCUUCAGUGCCCUUACACUAAUAACAAUAGCAAUUCAAUGACAAUGCAACCUCAUCAGUUGAUUGCCUCAGAGUCACAACAACCACUGUCAUCUGUUCAACAAGGAGUUGUUGAAGAUAAUUAUGAUGAAAUGCAUUCGUUUUUUGAUACAGUUGAUGAUAGGCAAUCAUACAUUUAUUCUAAGGAGGCUUAUGAAUCAAGUUCAGAAGAGUCAUUGAAAGACACAAGAAAGUGCACAGAGCAUGUUUCUGAGAAUGAACUGAAGAGUGCUGCUGCUUGUUUCAGCCUUACCAGUGUCAACUGA